GGCAAACUUCAUAAAAUGUCACCCCGGUUAAAGAAAUAGCUAACUUUAAAAGACGUACAAAGAAGAAAAAAAGCUUUUUAUUUAAUUAACUAAUCAUCUUUUAUAAUAUUGGGGACAAUAAGAAGAAAAUAUAGUCAUAAAACAAAAAUUAAAGGCAACAAAAAUUAAAACACAAUGAGUUUCUCCAGCGAUGAAGUAAACUUUCUUGUUUAUCGCUAUCUCCAGGAAUCAGGUUUUCAUCAUUCGGCUUUUACCUUUGGAGUGGAAUCGCACAUUUCUCAAAGUAACAUCAAUGGAGCUCUUGUGCCGCCAGCGGCUUUGCUUACAAUUCUUCAGAAAGGUCUUAUGUACACAGAAAUUGAAUGGAGUGUGGGUGAUUCGGGUGAUGUGUCACGGCCCAUCGAAGGACUUAGUCUGAUUGAUGCUGUGAUGCCAGAAAUAAAGACUCCCAAGCCACCGGUUAAGCCUGAGGUGAAAAACGAACCAGUUAAAGUUGAGACCCAGAUCAAAAUGGAAACUGCUCCAUCGGAAGCGGCAGCGUCUAAUGGCGCGGAACAAGAAGCUGCUGCCACAACAACUACCACUGCUACAACUUCCACACCCACAGUGACUUCAUCGACGCCAGUCACAACGCAGACUACAACAACGCAACAACAGCAAGCCCAGCAGCAGCAACAACAGCAACAGCAGCAGACUCAACAGCAACAACAACAACAACAGCAGCAGCAGGCUCAACCACAGCAACAGCAACAACAACAGCAGCAGCAACAGGCCCAGCAACAACAAACAACACAAGGACCCGCUGAAUCCAUGGAAGUGGAUCAGAGCAUCGAAAUCCCAGCCUCAAAGGCCACUGUGCUGCGUGGUCACGAGAGUGAGGUAUUCAUCUGUGCUUGGAAUCCCAGCCGGGAUCUGCUGGCUAGUGGAUCCGGUGAUAGUACAGCGAGAAUCUGGGACAUGUCUGGCACUCCAACGAGUCCCAACCAGUUGGUGUUGCGACACUGCAUACAAAAAGGAGGAGCCGAGGUUCCCAGCAACAAGGAUGUCACUUCGCUGGACUGGAAUUGCGAAGGAACUUUGUUAGCCACUGGAAGCUACGAUGGUUAUGCCCGCAUUUGGACAACUGCUGGAGUUCUUGCUUCCACUUUGGGUCAACACAAAGGUCCCAUAUUUGCGUUGAAGUGGAACAAACGAGGAAACUACAUCCUCUCAGCGGGUGUUGACAAAACCACAAUCAUCUGGGACGCUGCCACUGGCCAGUGCACCCAACAAUUUUCAUUCCACAAUGCCCCCGCCCUGGACGUUGACUGGCAAUCGAACUUGUCAUUUGCGUCCUGCAGUACUGAUCAACGUAUACACGUUUGCAAACUGGGCGUUGAGAAGCCAAUCAAGUCCUUCCAAGGACACACUAACGAAGUAAAUGCCAUCAAAUGGGAUCCCCAGGGUCAGCUGUUGGCAUCCUGCUCCGACGAUAUGACUUUAAAGGUUUGGUCAAUGAAGAACGACACUUGUGUGCAUGAUCUCCAAGCCCAUUCCAAGGAAAUCUAUACGAUAAAAUGGUCUCCAACCGGACCGGGUACCCAGAAUCCCAACACCAAUCUGAUUCUAGCCUCGGCAUCAUUCGACUCCACUGUACGUUUGUGGGACGUGGAACGAGGUGUAUGCAUUCACACUCUGACCAAACACACCGAACCCGUCUAUUCGGUUGCCUUCAGUCCAGACGGAAAGCAUCUGGCUUCGGGCAGUUUCGACAAAUGUGUCCACAUUUGGAACACACAAACAGGUCAAUUGGUUCACAGCUACAAAGGAACCGGAGGAAUAUUUGAGGUCUGUUGGAAUUCGAACGGCACAAAAGUGGGUGCCAGUGCUUCCGAUGGCAGUGUCUUUGUUCUGGAUCUGAGAAGAUUUUGAGAUACAAUUGGCAGUGAUAGUGAACUGCAAUAGGAUUAGGGGAAGGCGGGCGUUUUGCAUGAAAUAUGGACAAAUCAACAUUUUUUUGUGAAAGCUUGAAAGAAUAUUAUGUAAUUGCUUAAAGGUAUAAUUAUAUUAACAAUUUAGAUUUGGAUA